CCGACCCACGGAUCGAAGGGAUGCAUAAACACAUUAUUUGUGUAAUGUUCAACAGAUAUGGUCAUCUGCAUUGACCCGUAUUAAAUCCCUGAUAAGAUUUAUGGAAAUCACGUGACACCCUUCAAGCUCACUCAAGCAGGAGAAUCAAUACGAGUCACGUGACCAGCCAGCGGCUCUCGGCUGGGUCAUGAAAACACUGGCAGUCGAGGAAACAACACUUGGAGAGGAGGUGCUGGUGUGAGUCAGCUGAUGUUGUGAAUCUAGUCAACAGUCAUAGGGAUACACCACUCCCUGUGUCCGUCCGUCGGUCAGUCUGUGCGGUCAAUGUGCGUUUGGCUGUUCAGCGGAGGCGGCGAGAUGUUAAAAGAAACAUUGAAAAACCAGAGUAUCAUCCUACCACAUUAUACGUCACUUCCGGAUGGUCGAGACAUAAUAAUUGACACCAUGACAGAAUGCCAUUUAAAACAAGUAUGGCACAUUGUACAGGAAGCUGCGCAGAACAACGACGGUUUCGGGGCCGAUGAGUUCCCGACAGAAGAUACCUUCCGGGAUGAUAUAAAAGGUGGUAGUGGCUUCGCCAUCUUGAAUAAAGAGAGUGGUGAAAUGAUAGCCGCAUUUGUGCUUGCUAUAAGUAAAUAUUACCGUGGACAAAAUGUUGUAGACCCAUUUGUUAUUGUUCAGCGUUGUGAAAGAAGGCGAGGAAUCGGAGAACUGUGUUUUCAGUUGUGUGUACAGUACGCCGGGACAUUGGGGUACAUGGGGAUGUAUGUAGACACAUUCAGCUCGAAUACGGCUAUGAUCAAGAUCAUUGAGCGGUCGGGAGGCUUUCAGAAAGUGGGUUAUCUCCCCAUGGGAGGUCGGACAAAAGAUGGCGACAUCAUCGGUUCAUUCAUCUACUACAGGGACCUCAGAGUUACGUGAUACUUAUUCGUUGAUUUACCAAACCUGGAUCUGUUCAGGAUGCAGAUGGCUACACAUACCUCGUGUAGUGCGUUGACUCGAUACUCAGGGCCGUGUGCCAUUCACGACCAACUCGAAGCCGAAUAGCGACUCGUGCCCCUCUCAUGGCCAUUUUUUGCGACCGGGUUCCGUCUUAGCGCAAACGGGCAUACCUAAAACAAUGCAAGACAUAUGUAAAUAUUCUGAGGGAUUC